AUGUAUGCUGUGGGGCCUUGCUGUGUAGGUAAGCCCCUGGGAGUGUGUGGGAGUCCUGUGGGUGUCUGGGGGUCUCCCAAGGGCUCCUGGGAGCUUGGGGGGGUCUGCAAGGUGUUAUUGUGGCCUGACCCCAAUGUGGUGGAGGCACGCUGUGACAAUGGUCUGGUGCGUGGUCAUGCUUACUCCAUCACUCGCAUCAAGUAUUGUGACAUCCAGACUCCAAGGGUGUCAGGCAAGAUCCCUCUGGUGCGCAUCCGUAACCCUUGGGGCAAUGAAGCAGAGUGGGUUGGCCCCUGGAGUGACAAGAGUCAAGAAUGGCAGUUCAUUCCUCCUGAGGAGAAAGAAGAGAUGGGUCUCACCUUUAAACAUGAUGGGGAGUUUUGGAUGUCUUUCAAGGACUUCUUGACCAACUUCACCAUGCUGGAGAUGACCAACCUCAACCCAGACUCCCUGGAGGACGAGGACAUCAUCGGCUCCGUGCAGCACAAGUGGGAGAUGAGUGUGUUUGAGGGAGCCUGGAUCAGGGGCUCCUCAUCUGGCGGAUGUAGGAAUUUCCUUGAUACAUUCUGGCACAAUCCUCAGUACAGAAUCACUUUGACUGAGGUUGAUGAUGAUGAUGACAACAAGUGUACAGUGAUUGUGGCACUGAUGCAGAAGAAUCGCCGUUCACAGAGGAAGCUUGGCUUAGAGUGCCUUACUAUUGGCUUUGCAAUUUAUUAUUUACGAGACCCAGAUGGUGUUCCUCGGCCUUUAGAUCUGAACUUCUUCAAGUAUUCUGCCUCAGUGGCUCGUUCCCCAUCCUUCAUCAACAUGAGGGAGGUGUCUUGUCGCUUCAAGCUGCCCCCUGGCACUUACUGCAUUGUGCCAUCCACCUUUGAGCCUAAUGAAGAAGGAGAGUUCAUUUUGAGAGUCUUCUCUGAAAAAGCCAAUGAAAUGGAGUAA